AUGCACUUACUUGGGCCCACUAGAGGCAUCGCCACUUGGCUCUUGUUCUGCGGUCUAGUAUGCUCCAUCGAUCUGGACGUCAGCGAUGAACAAUCGCUCAAAGAUGCCGCGAGUACCUCGACUUUUGCCAUGAUGAAGUAUUACUACGGAAACGAAACUGGACAGAUUCCUGGAGCCUUCCCGGAUAAAUGGUGGGAAGGGUCAGCUCUGUUUCUGGCACUCUUAGAAUAUUGGCACUUUACCGGGGACACAACAUACAACGAGGAAUUGAGCAUUGGACUGCAGUGGCAGUCGGGCGAUGACGGUGAUUACAUGCCAAGUAACUAUAGUUCCUAUCUUGGAAAUGAUGAUCAGAUGUUUUGGGGUCUUGCGGCCAUGACAGCAGCGGAAUACGGCUUUCCAGAUCGCUCUUCUGGGUUCUCGUGGUUAUCGCUAGCACAAGGUGUAUUCAACACGCAGAUCAAGCGAUGGGACACAUCUUCAUGUGGCGGGGGCUUACGGUGGCAAAUCUGGCCAUAUCAGAACGGGUAUGGAAUGAAAAACUCCAUCUCCAAUGGCGGUCUGUUUCAGUUAUCUGCACGGCUAGCCCGCUACACCGGCAGCUCGAUUUAUCUCGAAUGGGCUAAUAAAAUCUGGGACUGGUCUGUCUCAUCGCCGCUGCUGAGCAACACAACUUGGAACGUCGCCGACUCGACGAAUGUGGAUAACGAAUGUGCCACGCAAGGAAAUGCUCAAUGGACAUACAACUAUGGGACAUACUUAAUGGGCGCGGCCUACAUGUACAAUUAUGUGAGCAAGCGCGCCCUAGUUCCACUUCCAUUGUUGAGGAACGCACUGAAGCUAACUGUAUAUCGCUUGCAGACCAACGGUACUACACAAUCCCAAUGGCUUACCGCCGUCAAUGGUCUUCUAAACGCAACAUUCAACAACUUUUUCCUGACUGGGGGAAUCAUCGAGGACUAUUAUUGCGAGCCAGCGGCGAACUGCAAUGAUAAUGAAAUCCUCUUCAAGGGUCUAACUUCUUCAUGGCUGGCGUUGACUGCCGUUCUAGUCCCCACCAGCUAUGACAGCAUCAUCGCAAAGCUGCAAACAUCAGGCCAAGCCGCUGCAGCAUCCUGCACCGGUCAUGACAAUGGCACUUGUGGCGUACGCUGGUAUAAAUCUACCUACGACGGGUGGAUGGGAAUGGAGGAGGAGAUCAGUGCCACGAACAUCUUCACUGCGAACCUGGUCACAUUCAAUAAAACCGGUCCUGUGACUUCGACGACGGGAGGAAACAGUACCAGCAACCCGACCGCGGGCGAGGAUGACACUGAUUCCGACAGCUCAAAAACAACUACAAUCACAACGGGAGACAAGGCAGGGGCUGGAAUCCUGACCGCCGGUUUUGUAGCAGGCUGGAUCGCAUUGAUGGCUUUCAUGGUACUUGGCGGAUGA